AUGGCAGCGCUGGCGGCCGCCUCCCCCGGCGGGGACGAGUGUCUGGAGGAGGAUGAGGAUGAGCUGGAGCCGGGGCUGGACGAGGCCGAGGCCGAGCCGGAGGUGGCGAAGGCGGCGGGGGGCGCCCGGGGGACGGUGCUGACCCGCAGGGGCAUCACCCUGAGGGUCCUGCUCCGAGACGGGCUCCUGGAGCCGGGCAGAGGCGUCCUGUCCAUCUACUACCUGGGCAAGAAGUUUGUGGGGGACCUGGGCUCGGACGGGACGAUCACCUGGCAGGAGACGGGGCAGGUCUUCAACUCACCCAGCGCCUGGGCCACGCACUGCAAGCGCCUGGUGAACCCCGCCAAGAAGUCGGGCUGCGGCUGGGCCUCCGUGCGCUACAAGGGCCAGAAGCUGGACCAGUACAAGGCGGCCUGGCUGCGCAAGCACCAGCCCAACGUGGCGCCCCCCGAGGAGGUGGGACCGGGCUCGCCUCCCCCUGGCACCCCCAGGCUGCGGGGCGAGCUGGGUGCCAGCCCCGUGUGCCCGCAGAGCUUGGCCAGCGAGGGCGAGGAGGAGGAGCUGCCCGAGGAUGAGGAGGAGGAGGCGGCCAGGGAGGGUCGGGUGGCGGUGCCGGAGCCGGCGGCUCCCAAGAAGCCGGAGGAGAGGAGCAAGAAGCAGCAGGGCAAGGGCCUGGCGGAGCCGGCGGGGACGGACGGCGGCGGCGCAGGGAAAAGGCUGGAGGUGAAACCCCGGGUGCCCGUCCGCUACUGCACCCUGGGCACCCGCGACUCGGCCAGGAACCCCCAGACCCUGGUGGAGGUGACGUCCUUUGCCGCCAUCAACAAAUUCCAGCCCUUCAACGUGGCCAUCUCCAGCAACGUCCUCCUGCUCCUGGAUUUCCACAGCCACCUGACACGGAGCGAAGUGGUGGGGUACCUGGGGGGGCGCUGGGACACCAACACCCAGCUGCUGACCGUGCUUCGAGCCUUCCCCUGCCGGACCCGCCUGGGUGACGCCGAAGCCGCGGGCGCUGUGGAGGAGGAGAUCUGCCAGAGCCUGUUCCUGCGGGGGCUGUCGCUGGUGGGGUGGUACCACAGCCACCCCUUCGGGCCCGCGCUGCCGUCGCUGCACGACAUCGACGCGCAGAUGGAUUACCAGCUCAAGCUGCAGGGCAGCGGCAACGGCUUCCAGCCCUGCCUGGGGCUCAUCUGCGGGCCCUUCUACCACGGCAACCCCGGCGUGGAGUCCAAAAUCGCGCCCUUCUGGGUGAUGCCACCGCCAGAGCAACGGCCCAACGACUACGGGAUCCCCAUGGAUGUGGAGGUCACCUACAUCCAGGACGGAUUCCUCACCAACGACGUCGUGCAGGAGAUGACGCUGCUGGUGGAGUUCUAUAAGGGAGCCCCCGACCUGGUGAAGUUCCAGGAGCUGUGGAGUCAGGAUCAGACCUACCUGGACAAGCUGAAGGGCUCCCUGGCCUCCCGCACCCCCAAAGACCAGAGCUUCAGUCACGUCCUGGAGCAGAUCUUCAGCCUGCUGAAGCUCAGCGGGUGAGGGCCCGGGGCCCCUCGAUCGGAC